AUGGGUGACAGCAACCAGGCCACUACUCCCGGCUACGACCGCGCCGCCAACGCCCCCGAUGCCGCUGCUCUGGACAAGGGCAAGGGCCGGGCUACCGAACCUACCCACGACGAAAACCUAGAGGAGGAGGAUAGCGACGAGAGCGAGAACGAGGAGAUGGCUGAAGACGGUAUGAUAUGCAAUGAGCUACAGCAUUACAAUCAGUGCCAGGCUAACCCUUUAACCUUUUCGGCAGAUAAUGAUGAUGACGGCGAUAACCUCGAGCCCAUAUCUGAAGACAACAUCAUCUCGGGUGGCCGUCGUACUCGCGGCAAGAUCGUUGAUUAUCAGGCGGCAGCCGAGAAGCUAAAGGCCGAUAACAUGAUGGACGACGACGAGGAGGACGACGAUGAGGAUUAUGAGGGUGGGGAAGAUGAUGAGGAUACCGUCAUGCGCGGCUGA